AUGACAAUUGAAGUGUACAGAAUUCUUCAAGCAAUGUGCCUCACGUGUGCGGUCGUUGUUGGUAACGAUAUACACUUCAGCACUACCAUAGAUUACUCGCAGCUGGCAAAAGAAGCGGAAAGCAAUAAAGACGACUUGAUAGGGUUUCUGAAUCAAAAAGCUAUUCGUGAUAAAUAUAAAGAGUUAUAUGGAACAUUGUUAAACAAUUUGAUGGGUAAGAUUUAUACGAAUAGCUUUACUUUGUUUAUAUUACAAGGGUCGACUCGGCGCAUAGUGUCGGGACAGAACACGUCGAUAGCGGCGGUGCCGUGGCAGGUGUCCUUGCGGGAGAAGACCUACCCCAUCUGCGGAGGUUCCAUCAUCACCGACCUCUGGCUGCUCACCGCCGCGCAUUGCCUCAUUAAAUCGCAAGCCAGCGAGCUGAGCGUGCGGCUGGGCUCGUCGUGGAAGACGCACGGAGGCGAAAUGUACGACGUGAAGCAAUGCUUCGUGCACCCGCGCUACGCCAGUAAGACGAAGAGCAACGACGUGGGCCUCGUGCGGCUGUACGCGCCACUGCGCUUCUCUGCACGCGUGCUGCCUAUAGGUCUCAUCGCCAAAGAGACCAGGCUCCUGGCAGAUCAACCGGCUAUAGUUUCGGGAUGGGGAAAACUGCGCGAAGGCGGGCCCAGCGCGACGUACCUCCAGUCCUCCACCAUAAAGACUAUAGCGAUGAAACUGUGCCGGCGCUCCGGACUAGACAGAAAAUCCAUCGAUCCAGUGUCCAUGUUCUGCGCUGGCUCUUUUAGCCAACCAUCGCCAGACGCCUGUCAGGUAUGACAUGGCCAAUAAAAGAUCAGGUCAU